AUGAGGUUUUCGGACCUGAGGUUUAAAUGUCUGCUGGCUUUCGUCUGUUUGGUGUCGUUUACAUUGAUUAAAUCGAUUCACCGUGAUGAAGUUAUACGUUUGGGAGUGAAAAAUCCUAGAUUUGAGAAGCCACGACAUCCAAACUUGGAUGAGAACACCUCUUUUGCCUUGACCGUGAGCAGCUUGGUCGGGAGCUCGGGCUUGUUCUUCCGAACCGUGUCGACCACAGUGAUCUUCCUCUCCAGGAGCUGCCGCCACCGUGCCGCUCGAUUGGCAUUUGCCAGAGAACAACAGAUGUGGGAGGCCCACUAUCGGCGCCCCAUUCUCUUCACAGAGGAGAGCCGAUUCCUCAGAGCAAUUAUCAGACCUUACGCUGGUGCAGUGGGCUCUGGGUUCCUUCUGGGUCAGAUCAAUGCCAAGCCUCAUGUGGCCAGAGUGUGUAGGCAGUUCCUUGAUGACAAAGGUUCAAUCAUGCUGCCAGACCUACAGAAAUUGCAUGAGCGUCUGUUGGUGGCUGAGGAGUUGGGAGAGCAGGUCAGCAGGAAUCUCAGCAGCAUGCUGGAGCAGCUGAGGAAUGUGUCCAAAGUGGCCAAUAACACCCACCCCACCAGCAACACCACCAACACCAUCCUAAUCUCCACAGUAAUGCAGACAGGCACUCCUAGUCGACAGAUGUUCCUCCAGCCAAACAUUUACCUCUACUUGCCUCACCUCAAACAACAUUCAGACAGCCUCACUCUUAACAUAGUCCUGGGUCAGGGACGCUCUGGAGUGUCCAUGGUGCUGGGCAUUCCUACAGUGAAGCGUGAUAAACGGAGUUACCUGGUCAAUACAAUCAACUCUCUGCUCUACAGCCUGGAUUCCUCGCAGCGCCAAGAUCUUCUCAUCAUUGUCUUUGUUGCUGAGAUGGACUCAAACUAUGUGGGCAGCGUAGCUGAAACCAUCAGAAAGAAUUUUCCCAAGGAUGUGCAAUCAGGGUUACUGGAGGUCAUCUCUCCUUCACAGUAUUACUACCCCGACUUCGACAGCCUAACAGAGACCUUUGGAGACUCCAAGGACAGAGUCAAAUGGCGAACUAAGCAGAAUCUGGACUUCUGCUUACUCAUGCGAUAUGCUCAGGACAGGGGAACCUAUUAUGUUCAGUUAGAGGAUGAUGUUGUUGCAAAGGCAGGCUACUACAGUGACAUGAAGACCUUUGCCUCUCAGGAAGCUUCAAAGCCAUGGCUCUACCUGGAGUUCUCCCACCUUGGAUUUAUAGGGAAGAUGUUUCGGACUAGUGAUCUUCCAAUGAUCACUGAGUUUUUCCUGAUGUUCCAUAGAGACAAACCCAUUGACUGGCUGUUGGAUCAUAUUCUGUGGGUGAAGGUUUGCAACCCAGAGAAAGAUGAGAAAGACUGCAAAGAACAAAAGGCAUUGCUCAAGCUGAGGUACAAGCCCUCACUCUUCCAGCAUGUAGGCCUUCACUCGUCUCUACCUGGGAAACUCCAGCAUCUUGUGGAUAAAGACUUUGGAAAGCUGCUUAUGUACCAGGCCCAUAGAAACCCGGCUGCAAAGUUGAACAGCAGCCUGACACAUUACCAGCAGCACAGUCUGGAGAGGGCUUACAGGGGAGAGGACUUCUUCUGGGCAUUAACGCCCAUCCAGGGGGACUACAUCAUCCUCAACUUCCUCCAGCCAAUCCACAUAUCUGGAUACCUGUUUCGCUGUGGAAACAUUGAGACUGGUGGAGAUAAAUUCUACAACACCACAGUAGAGGUGCUGCCCAGUAAUGCAUCAACGCGAAGAAAACUAGUUACGGGCUCAUCCACACUCAACAAAGAGUCUGAUAACGGUUUCAUCAUAAUUGGUGGAUUUGAGGACGGAGUAGCUGAGGGGGAGAUUGAAGAAGCGCUACAGCCGAUCUCAGCGCUACGUCUGGUGGUUCACUCAAAUUCUGACGUCUGGGCUCGACUGACAGAGGUCUGA